GGCGUCACCGAGCUGCGCGGCAUUACGCCGUCAGAGCUCGAGCGGCACAACACGCGCGACGACUGCUGGCAGGCGUACGGCGGCAAGGUGUACAACGUCGGCCCGUUCCUCAAGUUCCACCCGGGCGGCGACGGCGAGAUGAUGCGCGGUGCGGGCAAGGACGCCACUCAGCUCUUCAUGCUCGCGCACGCGUGGGUCAACUACGACACGCUGCUCGAGAACUGCCUCGUCGGGUUCCUCGUACGCGACUAG